UGCUAAGGAGGAGGUUUGGUUGAUCGUGAGCGUAGCAGCCAUUCACAUUCAGCAGCAGCACAAACUGAGGUUGAGGCGUUUGGACCGAAGGGAAGAUACAUACACCGCCUGUGCUUUCUGUGGAAUUCCAAUUUUUCAUAUUGUUUUUUAAGCCCGUCACGGUUGUUGAUAAGGACGUGACGGCGUCAGCGGGGCGUCUUCUGGGUCUCAGCGGUGGUUACAGGUAGCUCAGUAAUGAAUAAGCUACGGCAGAGUUUCCGCCGGAAGAAAGACAUCUACGUGCCGGAGUCCAGUCGGCCGCACCAGUGGCAGACAGACGAAGAGGCGGUCCGCAGCGGCAAAUGCAGCUUCGCAGUCAAGUACCUGGGGCAUGUGGAUGUGGAGGAGUCCAGGGGGAUGCACAUAUGUGAGGAUGCAGUAAAGCGACUUAAAACGGACAGGAAAUUCUUCAAAGGAUUCUUUGCAAAAGCUGGAAAGAAGCCAGUGCGGGCGGUGUUGUGGGUGUCUGCAGACGGCCUCCGUGUUGUGGACGACAAAACAAAGGACCUGAUCCUAGACCAGACAAUAGAGAAGGUGUCGUUCUGUGCUCCCGACCGCAACUUUGAGAGAGCCUUUUCCUACAUCUGCAGGGAUGGUACCACGAGACGCUGGAUCUGUCACUGUUUCAUGGCCAUCAAGGAUUCGGGGGAGCGUCUCAGUCACGCUGUAGGCUGUGCGUUUGCUGCCUGCCUGGAGCGAAAGCAGAAACGAGAAAAGGAGUGCGGGGUCACGGCGACCUUUGAUGCCAACAGAACCACUUUUACCCGAGAGGGUUCUUUUCGGGUUACCACGGCAACUGAGGCAGCAGAAAGGGAAGAACACAUGAGGCAGUUACAGGAUGCUAAAAAAGCAGAGCCGGACGUGAAGGCUGCUGGGAACUCGACCAUUAGUGGGACAAACUCUUCAGCACACCAGACGGGGGGGUCAUCCUCUCCCUCGUCCUCCCCUCCCCUGUCCAUGUCCACGCUGGGCCCUCAGGCCAUACCUCGCAGACAUGCACCACCAGAGGCUCUGGCCAGACAGGGCUCCUUCAGAGGCUUCCCUGCCCUCAGUCAGAAGACGUCUCCCUUCAAACGACAGCUGUCUCUGCGCAUGAACGAGCUGCCCUCCACCAUGCAGCGCAAGUCGGACUUCCCCAUGAAAAAUACAGUACCGGAGAUGGAAGGUGAAGGGGACAGCAUCAGUUCCCUGUGCACUCAGAUCACUACAGCGUUCAGUGGACCUCCAGAGGAUCCCUUCACCUCUGCACCAAUGCCCAAACCCGCCUCAUCCCCACAGUCCCCUAUAGCACCAGUGAACGGCUCAGCCACUGCAUUUACUGUCAAUGCUGCUGCUGUGGCUGCUGCUGCUGCUCCUCCUGCUGUUCCUCCUGCUCCUCCUGCUCCUGCUAACCCCCCAGUCAUGCCCCCUGCUCUGCCUGCACGAGAAACUAACCCCUGGGCUAAGACUCCAGCAGCUGCCCCAGCCUCAGCACAACCAGGAGGUGAUUGGUCCUCAGCUAAUCCUGUGAUUGUCGUCCCGCCCUCCUCCUCUCCGGUCAUGCCUUCUCAUAAACGCACACCGUCAGAAGCCGACCGAUGGUUGGAAGAAGUCACCAAGUCUGUCCGAGUGCCACAGCCCAACCCCAUGAUGGUGGCGGCCUCGCCUCCAACCCAGCCGUUUGCUGCUCCUAUGCCCAUUCCCGUGGCAUCAGUUCCUUCUGUCCCCUUCAUGCCCACUCUGCCCACUGCUGUGCCUAUCUUGCCCCCACGUCAGAUGGGCUUCCAGGCUCAGCCUCCGGUCUCCUACCCCAUGUCCAACGGGCUGUCCUUCCCUCAGCCCACUGGCCCUGUGUUUGGCAUCACUCCGUCACAGAUGGUGGCUAACGCAUUUGGCUCGGCAGCACAGACGCAGCCGUUCUCCAUUCCUGCCUCUACGACCACAGUGACCACCCAGCACGAAGCCCCACCUAUUGGCAACAUCAGUCCCUUCAUCAAGCCCCCCCAGACCACCACCCCCAUGAACCCCACUCACCUCCAGUCAUCCAACGGUAGUGCGACCUUCAACGGUGCAGACAACUGGGCUGCCACAGCCCAGCUCACUUCAUCCUCCGCACUGUCACAGCCUGCUCCUCCUCCUGCUGCUCCUCAGCAGCAGGAAGAUGCCUUCGAGGCCCAGUGGGCAGCGCUAGAGGGUCGCUCACGCCAGCGCACCACACCCUCGCCCACAAAUCCCUUCUCUACUGAGCUGCAUAAGACCUUUGAGAUUCAGCUCUGAAGAAAGUGUUCUGAGACGCGAGAGAGUGAUGGAGGAUGAGGAAUGAGCGCAGGAACACAGAGGGGAGGUGGACCACUCCCCUCCCCUCCCCACCCCCGCCGCUCUUCAUUUCAGUGUCUGUGGAAAAAAGCCAGGCAGGGCUAAAAAAGAACUGACAGACUGUGGAGAGUCCACAGGGGGGAGUCACCGGGGAGGAGUUAAAGAAAAAAAAAGAAAGACAACAGACGGCUGUUAACCAGGGUGCUGCUCCCCGAGCGUUUCAUUAGCAUCAUCUCUGUCGUUGUGUUAGUGCCGUGGAGCUCCAGGUCAUCCACACACCUCGUCUCAACAUGUUCUCCCUCCAACCAACAUUGGUCCCACCCACCUAGGUUUUUCAUUCCUUUUGCUUUUCUGACCCAACCCCCCCCCAGUUAAACUCCUGGCGCCCCCUGUUGUCCAGAACUAAACCCUCCCUCCUUCCCUAAACCCUGGCAGAAGAACUGCAGCACUGAGAGAACUCGGCUUCCAAUUGAGAAGUUCUCAUCAAAAUAACUUUCCAAUCAGAAGAAGGAGGGGGAGACGAUGCCAAAAUCUUUAUUUUUAUGCAUUAAGUAUAUUUUAAAUAGCUUUGGAAUCUUAACAGAAGAGUUGUAAGUAAUCUUGCCAAAGGCAGAGGCUAGCUACAAUGAGACAAGUUCAUGUUUGUGUACACAGUAAUGACCCAUAUAUUAUACAUGAAAAUAUAUAAAUAUAUAUAUAUAAAUAUCUAUAAAGAAGCUAUACUGUACACACAGCUGACAGCAGUGCUAAUUUUUAAUGUGAUGUAAAGAGAUUUUUGUGAAGGGACAGCUGCUUUACUGUUGUGUUUUCCUCUUUUAUUUUUAGUCUGUUUUCGUCAUUAACCGCAUCCUGUGACAGGGUGUGCAGCAUCUGACUGUAAAUACACUUUCAUUGCAGCAACAAUCACUGCAGACCUACAGUGAUGAUGAUGAUGAUGAUGAUGGUGGUGUUUAUUUCAUGACCAGUUGCCUCUCCUCUUACCUGUACUCAGUUUUUAACCCAGUGUACUUCACAGCAGUACUUAACAUUUUACUCCUUCUUUUUCCACUGUCCUCCUUUUUCCGUGUGGUAACAAUCCUCUUUUUAUUAUUAUUAUUAUUAUUAUUUAACAGUAGAAUGUGUCGUCUCCCGUUUCUUCACUUCUUUCUUUUAGCAGUUCAUU